CUGCUGGAUGUGGUUCAGGGCGUGUUGCUCUGCUAGCAGGUGUAGGUGCAGGUUGAGCAGGUUGUGAAUGUCGCUCCGCUGGGCCCUCCUCCGUACGUCCCUGCUUCUCUUUCCAGGGCAACCACUGAUUCAUUCUUACAUAUUGGCAGGUGAGUGAAGGGAGUUAGCUCUCGGUGCACCUGUUCUCAUCUGACGCAGCCAGAGAAUAAGCGUGAACCCGACAGGAAAAUGAAACCUUUACAAGCCACCGCAUGCCUCCUUAUGCUUCUCCAAGCGUUUCACCUGGCGUCGCUUCAAACCACGACCGACUCGCCAGGACGUACGAUUGAUAAAAGCUGGUAUCGUAAGCCGGUCAUCCAAGCACUUGAUAACACCGAGAUUCCCCUAAUGAAUGAAUCUGACUUUAGGACAGAUGCCUCGGAUUUUGCUAGUGAGCAUAGUGGUUUAGCAUCUGGAUCAAUGGCAGGAAGUACUGAAGAAGAGGAGAACGUGAUAACACUCAAAAAGAAUGAAAAUGAAACAACUGAGCCGAACAUUUCUAAUAAAUUGAUGCCCUUUGUAAACGGAACCAUAGAGAACCCAGAAGUUCCAGACGCUGCUGUUUCUCCAGCUAAUGCAACUACUGACUCCACCAACUCAACCAAAACCAACAUGAGUGAAGGUGAAGAGGGAUUUAAUUCAACCAGGACCACAGAAAAGCCCACCAGUCCUCCAGGUUCCUCUGAUACACCUGUGUUACCUUCAACAACUGUGGCUCCAGAGAACCAAACCACUCAACAUUCCACAACAGCAGCAGAUGCAGAUAAAGGGUUAGCUAAUAGAACCGGAUCUAUUGACAAGCAUGCAACAACCACGUCAGCACCAGAGACAAACAAGACAUCCGUCGGGUAUUUGCCCACGAUGGUGGUUCCCUUUAAAACCACAAACACGACCCUGAUCACAACCACAGCUGCCCCAAACACACCGGAGAGGGCCAACAAGACCGGUGGCGGGAUCUUCUCAGGACGAGAUAAUCUCGGAGAAUCAGGCAUGGAUUCAGACCCAUACAGGAGAAAAAGGAACGUGGCUUGGGUGGCUAUCCUGGGAACGGCGGCAGCAGCCGCAUGUGUGGGGGUGGUGGCCUACCUCGUCCUGAAGAAGAAGCACCAGAAAGGGUUCACACACAGAAAGCUGGUUGAGGAGUUUCCUUCAGAUCCAGUCCUCAGAUUAGACAACUGUGAACCUUUGGAUUUGAAGUUUGGUGGUUCAGGUUCAGCCUACUACAACCCGGGACUCCAAGGAGACAACAUCCAGAUGGCUGACAUUCCAGGACGUCGUUAACACUGAAAAACUCCCAGGAUAACAACUGGAAAAGUCCCUCAAAAUAAUGUCUGCCAAGGAUUAGAACGUGGAGUUUGGUCAUACCAAGAGCUGACCUAAAGGGACUCUUGUUGUUUGUGGAAGGGGUUUUUCUAGGCCUAUUGUACGUUACCAACAAACAUGUCUGAUAGAGAUUAUGCACUUUGAGCUAUAUUUAUUUUACUGAAAUAGAGGGAUGUGGCAAUAGGCAAAAUGAACUGUUGCCACCUUUGCAUGUUGCCAAAAUGAAUCAAAUGAAGAUUUUACAGCUUUUCGAAUGUCUUUGAAGGAUGGAGAAUAAUAUGUAAAAGAAGGUUCCAUUUAUUGAGAAAAAAACACAAUAUAUAUAUAUAUAUAUAUAUAUAUAUAUAUA